UACGGACACACCGUUCCUUCGGGCCCCGUGAGAAGUUGCACCCGUUGCGGAGGAAAUGGCGGCCAUCAGUUGUAGAACGGUCUGCUGCUGCCAACCAGUCAAGUACGCUCGAUAUUGACGCGUCAGACAUGUAACUGUCUGUCUCCCCCUCCCCUUGUCAGGCUCAGUGGACACAGAAAUAUGUUUGUAAGCGGAGGUAAAGGCACUUUGUCUCGGAUGUUGAAGACAUAACAGGAACUUCAAAGCCUUGACAUUUGGAAGCAUCGCCGGCACAGCGGACCCCCCACCCGGCCCCCCCCACCUCGCAGGAGAAUGGCCAAGGAGCUGAAACCAGGCCGGGCGGAAACGUUUGUACUGGCCGGAUCAAACGGUCACAACGGCCGAGAAUGGCAGACGGGUCUGAGUAGCCCGGCCCACCAUCCCCCGGGCGCCGCGUCCAGGAUGGCCCGCGUGGCUUCGGACGUGAGGCACAAGUGCGCGUCCUACGUGAUCGCGCUGCGGCCGUGGAGCUUCAGCGCCUCGCUCACGCCGGUGGCCCUCGGCAGCGCCUUGGCGUACAAGUUGGGGGGCUCGGUGGACUUGGUCAUCCUAAUGGUGUGCGCGGUGACCGUCCUGGUGGUCCACGGGGCGGGGAACCUCGUCAACACCUACUACGACUUCUCCAAAGGGAUCGACCACAAGAAGAGCGACGACCGGACUCUGGUGGAUGAAAUCUUGGCGCCGCAGGAUGUGGUCAUGUUCGGGGCGUUGUUGUAUUCGUUGGGCUGCUUGUGUGCCACGCUGCUCUUUUUCCUGUCUACGCUCCGACUGGAGCACCUGGCCCUCAUUUACUUCGGGGGACUGUCCAGCUCUUUUUUAUACACCGGAGGCAUCGGCCUCAAGUACGUGGCCCUGGGAGACGUGGUGAUCCUCAUCACCUUCGGCCCGCUGGCGGUCAUGUUCUCCCACGCGGUGCAGGUGGGCUACCUGUCGGUGUUGCCGCUGGUGUACGCCGUGCCGCUGGCCCUCAACACAGAAGCCAUCCUCCACAGCAACAACACCAGGGACAUGGACUCCGACAAGCAGGCGGGCAUCGUCACCCUGGCCAUCCUGAUAGGCCCCACGCUGUCCUACGUCCUCUACAACCUGCUGCUCUUCGUGCCCUACGUGCUCUUCUGCAUCCUCGCCACCCGGUACACCAUCAGCAUGGCGCUGCCCCUGCUCACGCUGCCCAUGGCCUUCCCUUUGGAGAAGCUGUUCCGCAGCCGCUGCUACGCCAAGAUCCCCCAGAAGACGGCCAAGCUCAACCUCCUCAUGGGACUUUUCUACGUGUUCGGAAUCAUCCUGGCACCCCCCGGGAGCUUGCCGUCACUGUGAUUUCAUUUCAGGUUUUAUUGUUUUACUACAGACUAGUUUGUGUGCUUCUUUGUUUUCGUGCAAAGCUCUUUGAGGGCUUUGACUGGCUUUAAAUUAUUGUCAUAUUUAUGUUUUACAGAGAUUUAGUUUGUGUCCCCCUCUGACACUGAAGGCACAAUCCUGUGUAUCUUUUCAGUAUUAAGUCUGCUGUCGUUAUUUUGCCAUGUUGGCGUCAUUUUGUAGAGGUAGGCAAUAUUUUCGUAAUCUGAGGAAGGAUGAUCAACCAACAGUUGCUAUAUUUGUUGUUCAAGACACAAGAUUGAUAAAUGAAUAAACUGACAUUCUGAUAUUUUCUGAACAUUGUAAUCUGCACAGUGAAUGCUGAUAAAUUGCUUAUUGUUUUUUUUCCCUUUGAAGAGCCAAAUAGUAUUUAAUUUGAUUGUAAUAAAACUCACUGUUUCAUGUGUUCAUUUUGGA